GGUCCUGAGGUAAGAAGUGGAGACGUCGCCCAGCCUAUCUUGCUAAAGGAAGGUCAGGUGUUCAACCUUACUAUCAAAAGCGGGGUCAGUUCUGAUGAUACAGUCAUUGUAAACUAUGAUGACUUUGUGAAUGAUGUCGAAAUAAUUAGAAGGUGUAGAGGCAUGGGGAAACUAGUGAUUGUAGCGACAAAUAUGUUAGAAAGCAUGAUAAGCCAUCCAACACCAACUAGAGCUGAAGUUUCUGACAUAGCAAUUGCAGUUCGUGAAGGUGCAGAUGCAAUCAUGCUAUCAGGUGAAACUGCCCAUGGGAAUUAUCCACUGAGAGCUGUUAAAGUAAUGCACACUGUGGCAUUAAAAACAAAAUUGGCAAUUUCAAGCACAGUUGAGCCCCCUAUUCCUGCUCCUGCACAGCGUGCAAGCCUUGGAGAAUUUUCUCAGAGCCACAUAAGUGCGAUGUUUGCUUUACAUGCAACGAUAAUGGCCAAUACUCUUGGCACACCUAUUAUUGUUUUCACACAAACUGGUUCCAUGGCUACACUUUUAAGCCACUAUCGGCCUUCAUCAACUUUAUUUGCAUUCACAAAUGAGGAAUUCGUAAAGCAAAGGCUAUCACUUUACCAUGGGGUGUUGCCUAUAUACAUGCACUUCUCUGUUGAUGCAGAAGAGACCUUCUCUAGAGCCAUCAAGUUCUUGCUGAGUCAUGGGCAUCUGAAUGUUGGAGAAUAUGUCACCUUGAUUCAGAGCCGAAUACACUCGAUCUGGAGACAAGAAUUUACACAUCACAUUCAAAUUCGCAAUGUCCGAGGCUGA